GUUUAGCUCAGCUGUUAUGUGUCGCCGAAACCUGCCGGUAAUUAGCUUAGUGUGAUCGUGAAAGAAGUUUCAAAAUUCAGAUAAUUUCAUUGCGUUUAAAUCGGCAUCUUUAGAUGUACCACAAAGGUCAAUUUCGUUUAAAGUGAAUGCAAGUAACUGACAAACGGAAGCGAUACAUUUGCGUGAACGUGUGCUCCGUCUUGGCACAAGGGUGCAACUCUGCAACUGGCUAACUAGAACAAGCUGUUCUUGUUUGAUUUAACCAUGGAUGCCUUUGUGAACUUCACAAGCCAAAGUCAAGGAAGGGACCGUAUAUUCAGGGCAACUCAGUAUGCAUGUGCACUGUCGGUUUACUUACUUCGAAACCACUCAGAGAAAAAGGAACUUGUGGCGAAACUGAAAAGUCUGGAAACCAACAUGAGCGCUGGACGAAAAUUGUUCAGGCUGGGAAACACAGUAAAUUCCAUUGAGGCUGCUAAGCGAACCAUGCAACUCUCUGACCGAGUGCUGUGCCUGUGCCUUACUGCGGCCAACGUCGGCCGCGCCCUCUACUUUAUCUGUGACAAUGCAAUCUGGGCCAGAAACGUCGGUCUUAUCCGCAAUAUCGACAAGGAACGCUGGAGUCUAAAUUCCUCUCGCUGCUACUUCCUCUCACUAGUUAUGAGCCUGGCCAGGGAUGUUUAUGUUGUCAUCCAGUUAAUGGCACAGAGAGCGAGAGAUGAACACUUCAGACAGAAACGAGAGCUGUAUCUCAGGGAGAGUCCUGAAGUAGCCGAAGCUGUCGUUCCUCAGUUGGAUGCUUUUCUCUUUCUGCUGCUGGAGAGCCUAAAAACUCAUCCUGCUGUUGCCUUGGACACGCUGAAAAACAUAUGUGAUCUCUUUAUUCCUUUAGACCGGUUGGGCAUAUACCAGUCUAAUGCAGGAGUGGUGGGAUUUUGUGGAUUAAUAUCCUCAGUAAUUGGAAUUGUAACCCUUGCGCAGCCCAAGUUAAGACUCAAACCAUGAUAACAAGGGUAGAGAUAAACCCUCCUAGCUGAUUAAAAAAAAAAAAAAAAGUUUAUUAUGGUGGACGCAGCUCAGCCUGAUGCACAGCGAGAUUAGAUAACAUGUCACGGGCACAUUUUGUAAUAUUUAUGUUAAAAUAGCAUUAAUCUUUUACACCAAACUCAGGCAAGCAAUAACUGAAAUUAUCACUGGUCUUGAUAAUUUUGCAUCAGAUUUUUGAUUGUUUAAACUAAUUACAUCAUGCUUUUGAGACAAACUAUGACUUGACACUAAUCAGGGACCAGUUAAAGUUCACAACACUGGUUUAAAAAGGAGCAAAUCAAGUUUACAUUGAAGCCUUGUUGGUUUUUCUAAAUUUCAUAAGGACAUAUUACUCUCACAUUUCAGUGCUUGUGCACGUACAUUUUAGUAUCUUGAGUGCCUGCCCAACCGAAAAACUGAAUCAAGACAACACUGUCAGUUUCAGGGACUACCUCAAUCAGAAAAUGUGUGAUUCAACACGCGGGCUAAUUAAAGCAUGUAAACAUGUUCUAGUUGAACCCCAAAAGUAUGAGCCUGAAAAUUAGCAUAAUAAUAUCUCCUUUGAAAGAGCCAGGGCCAAACCUGUGUGCAUUCCUUCUUUCGACACCACCUACAACACCAGCAGUUUUGUAACCAUUGUCUUUGUGAAAUAAGGGCUUCUUACUGAUGCAAGCUUUUGCAUUAUCUUUGCACCUUUCUCUUAAAAGAUCUUAAUCUGAGUGGCGUUGCUGCUUUAAGUCGACUGUCUUUCUCUGCUCUCUGUUUUGUGAUAAGACGCUGCUUCAAGUUUUAUCUCUAUGAUUCAAAUGAUGAAUAAGCUGCUUCUCAACCAACCAAAAGUGCUUUCAGGGGGAAAAGCAGCAAGGGAUCGGCCUUUUUCACAGUAGACAUUUUUUUCGUUUUGUCAUAGAAAAAGUACAGAUAUCAGUAAUAAUACUAACACUGGCUCUGUUUUAUUCAAGAGAGACAUAUUGAAUGAUACCAUGACCCUGAAAUCAGUUAAGCUAAAUGGUAUUCAGCCAUCAUCAAUUUCUUUACUUGCAUCUGUACUUUCCUGUGCUCCAAGAAGUUAAAUUGUCACGUGUGAAAAAGGCUGUUAUUUAUUUUUCAUUCUGCCAUUCAAGGCAAAGCCAGGAUUGUGACUCAGAGGUUUAUACUGUAUGUUCGUUUAAAGAAAAUGUCAAGAAAUUGAGUGCAAAACACCCUUAAUAAUGUGAUUAGAAUUACAUUCUUAAUAUAUUGUAAAGAAAUUGUAUGCUUGUGGUUUGUGUUUUUUAAUCUUUGUGACAAAUGAGUGAGGAUAAAUUUGAAACAGAACAUAAUAUGAAAACUUACUUCAUAGCUGCUGGUGCACAUAACAUUUUAUGAUCACAUGUAGUGUCAUUCAGUUCAGAUGAAUUGAUGCUUUUACUGUCACAGUUGAUUGAAAGGUGAAUAAAACACUAAAAAUCUAAA